AUGAAACCAACAAAAACAGAAAAGGCUAAGAAAAUUUCAUGGAAGAAAAAGGCACAGAAGGAAUUCAGUCACAUUCAAUUUCAUGGUGCAAAGAUAUUAGCGAGCGGAGAGUCCAGCUGGUACUGGGUACCUUUACUGCUGCUCCUCCUUGUCAGUGCCAUUGCCCUCAUCCACCUUGCAGUGAGUCGCUUCCGAAGUAACCCCACGUUCAUGGCAUAUAAGGAAUCGAAUAAUCAGUUAAUGAACUUUCCUUGUGUCCUUGUCUACCCAGAGCUCGCGUUUCAUGAAUCUAAGAAGGAGCAGUUUAUUUCAAGCAUAACUUAUCCAGGUGGUCUAAAUAAAACUUACAUCAGAGCUAUAAUAGACCAGUUGGCAGCUUUUUGGUCUCCUGAUGUGAUUUAUAAUUUGCGUGAUCUAGAAAAUAUAGAAGAAUUAUUAAAGCAUAAUGAUUUAGACGUUGAGACUGCUGCUAAAAAAUUGAUCUUUGGCUGUGAGGAAAUCGUAUUAAGGGAAAUGAGAGAACACGCCAAGGUGAAGAAAUCGGAAAUCGAAAAUAACCAGUGGAAUACACCAAGGUCUGGAAUCAGCAGUGGUUUGGUGUUAGCUAUUGAUCAGAGUCAAAAACUUAACAGCAUUGAUCUCUCUUAUAAAUGGAUUGUGGUUCAAGUAGGCCAGCGCUAUGUUGAUACAACUCUCAACGGCACAGCUCUUAAUCCUGGUUACGAGCAGUGGAUCAUAUACCAGGAGGAUCGUUACUACAUAAAUGAUAGAGCUAAAGAUCUCGGAACUACCCUCAGAAACUGCCGUAUGGGUGACCAACCCCUGAAAUAUUUUCCCUACUACAGGAACUCAGGAUUAGACUUCAAUAGAGUGACUAUUGUUAGAAUAUUUAUACAAGCGGGGCUGCACAAAACCUUUCAACGUUUUUCUUUCUUCACUUACUUGGAUCUGUCUGCUCAACUGGGCGGUAUAUUCAACGUGUUCUUCGGCUGCAGUAUCCUCACUCUUCUAGGGCUGAUACAUGUUGCAUGGAGAAUCUCCGUAAAUGAAGUGAUCAAAUACUUGAAGAAAUUGUUAAAAAGUGAUCAUAAAAAAAUACACCUAAGAACCCAAAGGAAAAGAGACCUUGAAUAA